AUGGACUGACGUGUUCUUUCAAGUCCACCAGUGGGACCAGGACGUUGCCUCCUGGGCAGGUCUCCAGAAAAUGCCUAUUAUUGCUCAAUACCAUGAAACCUAUUUUCUUUCCCCUCUCUUAUGCUUGAUAGGUGGAAACUACGUGUCAGAUUUGCAUAGACAAGAUAUAUCACGUGCAUAUGUAUACAGUGUAUAUAUAAAAACAGGUGCCACUGGAGUGUUGUUGACAGUGGAACGUUACUGUUUCUUGUGAGGAAGCAAAGCCACCUGGAAGAAGCCAGGAACUCUACUGAAGGAGACACUUUUCUGCACAAGGAAGGUCGAGAGAGUCCUCUGGCAUUGUGUAGUGACAAGACCCCUAAAGUAUCACUAGCUGGGAAUUUCUCCUACCACUACCAUGGCCUUGCUCUCGUUCCUGAGACGAGGGAAAUCAAAGCCACGGGUGCCUUCAUGCAGGGGAGCCUUUCAAAAACCCAACAAACUUCUUCAUCAGAACUACGAGACCUUGCUGGAGACAUGCUUGAAGAAUAAAUGCCUGUUCAAGGAUGAGAACUUCCCAGCUGACCUUCGUUCCAUUGGAAUGGGAUCAUUGCUGCAGAAACUGCCACCAAACCUACAGUGGAAGAGGCCACAUGAGCUUCAUAAAACUCCAAUAUUUUAUACUGCAAACACAAGAAGGCUUGAUCUCUGCCAAGGAUUGGUUGAAAACUGCUGGUUCCUGGCCGCGUUGGAAGCGCUGACGUUCCACCAAGACAUCUUGGCCGUGGUCAUGCCGCAAAACCAAAGCUUUGAUAGGAAGUACGCUGGCAUUUUCCAUUUCCGGUUUUGGCACUUUGGUGAAUGGGUUGAUGUGGUGGUCGAUGACCGACUGCCAGUCAACGAGGCUGGUCAGCUGGUUUUUCUCUCCUCCGUUUGUAAGAAUCUCUUCUGGGGAGCCCUUUUGGAGAAGGCGUAUGCCAAGCUCUAUGGCUCCUAUGAAGAUCUGCAGAUUGGACAAGUGUCGGAAGCGCUGGUGGAUUUUACAGGCGGAGUUAAUAUGACAAUAAAACUGGCAGAGGCUCCUCCUGAUCUAUGGGAUAUACUGACAAGAGCAACCUACAGCAGAUCUCUUAUGGGUUGCCAGACGCAUUUAGGGACAGCAAGGGUCCUAGAGAAUGGGCUGGUGGCUGGCCAUGCCUACACAGUCACUGGUAUUAGAAAGGUGACUUGCAAAUAUGGACCGGAAAAUUUAGUGAGACUGAGAAAUCCAUGGGGGAAAACUGAAUGGAAAGGAGAGUGGAGCGAUAGCUCUGGGAACUGGGAGCUGCUCAGCCCGAAGGAGAAGAUUUUGCUGCGGAGAAACCAAGAUGAUGGAGAAUUCUGGAUGUCUCUGCAAGAUUUUAAGACCCACUUUGUAGAUCUGAUGAUCUGUAAAUUGACUCCCGACCUGAUGAGCCAGGAAGAUGGGAAGAAGUGGAUGUAUUCUCUGCAGAUUGGGAGAUGGGUCAAAGGAAGCACAGCGGGCGGCAGGCUGAGGCCCUACAAAGACACAUUUUGGAUGAAUCCCCAGUACUGGCUGGAAGUUUUGCAGGGUGACGGCAGCAAAAGGUCCCUGCAUUCCUGCAGUGUGCUGGUGUCCCUGAUCCAGAAACCCAGCAGCAAACACCGAAACCGGGCACCUCACCUCUCCAUAGGGUUUUCCAUCUUCAAGGUGGGCCCAGAGUACCACAAAAGCAACAAAAGACUGGCACCAGCGUUCUUUGCCAGGAACCCCUCCGUCAACCAAAGGCAUUUCUUCCUGAAUGAGCGGGAAGUGACUCAGGAUUUCCGGCUGCAGCCUGGGGUCUAUGUCAUCGUCCCCUCCACCGCGGAACCCCAGCAGGAGUCCGAGUUCAUCCUGCGGGUCUUCUCCAGGAAACACAUCCUUCGCGAAAUGGGCGGAAAUUCAAGUUUCAUCCUUUCCAAGGAAAUAAUUGAUAAACACGAAGGCAAGAUUUGGGAGGAUUUCUUCAAUAAGCAUUUUGAACAACAUCCGGAAAUAAACGCUGUCCAACUCCAGAGGAUCCUGAAUAACGUCGUCUGGACACAUCUCCAGAGCUUUCGGCUGAGAUUUAGUCUGGAUGCCUGCCAAGGUAUCCUGGCACUGCUGGACCUUAAUGCCACUGGCACACUGAGUAUUCAGGAAUUCAGGGUCCUGUGGAAGAGGCUGCUUUUCUAUCUGGAAGUUUUCCAGAAGAAAGAUGUUGAUAGAUCAGGAAAUCUGGACUUAGUGGAAUUGCAUGCAGCUGUGCAGGAGACAGGUAUUUCGCUCAGCAACGAAGUCUGUAACCUAAUGGCGAUCAGAUACGGCAACCCUGACCUGAAAAUCAGCUUUGAGAGCUUCGUCUGCUUCAUGCUGCGAGUGGAGAUCAUGGGGGAGGCCUUUCAGAACUUAACUAAAGACGGCAAAGGGAUAUAUCUCCAGGAAUCUGAGUGGAUGAUGAUGACUCUCUAUUCCUAAAGCAAAGCAGCGAAGGAGGAAUGAGUUGGACUUAGACACACUGGCCCCUCCCAGGACAUGGAGGGCUGUUCCUUAUCAACUUGUUACACAUGCUGGAUACUUUGGGCCAAUCCUGCAAUCCCUACUCAUGCGAGCAGUCCCAGGUCAGCCAAUGGGGUGGCUUAAGUGCAUUAGGGGAACUGAAGUGAAUAGGGGUUGCUGGAUCAGGCUCUUUCCAUAUGGAUAGAUUUUAUCCCAUGAGGAUCUACUUUUAUGAACAGAUUGGAUCUAAAGACCCGAGAUGCAGUGAAAUGAAGAUCAGCUUUUAUUUUUAAUACAUCAUUUCAGACACCUCUGAGAAUCAGCUGUUAGCAUGGGGCUGCAGAGUUGUAGAUUCACUGAGAGACCAGGGUGACAUGUAGUUCUUAUAACUAGCAAAGCUACCAGGAUGAAAAGUCCCUUAUUGGAUGCCCUGAAUCUGUAAGGCUCCCCAUAGUUUCCAGGUUGAUUGUAGUUGGACACUGUUACAAUUAGUAAUAGAUAUGUAUAUUAUGGUAAUGCCCAAAGGCUCCAGUUAGGAUUGGGCCCACACUAUGCUGGGCGAUGGACAAACCUAGAAAAGAGACGAUCCCUGCCCCAAAUGGCUUAUGCUCUAAAGACGCAAACACAUUCAAAUUCCACAACCCCUUCAGGCAAAUGUAAUUCAGGUCCAUCCCUCCCGCCAUGUGUAAAAAGAAUCACUGAAAACUACCAAUGAAUUUGGAAGCUGAAGUCUAAGCUUUAGGGCCAGAUCCUCAGGUGGAAAUUGAAGUCAAUGGACCUAUGCUGAUUAUGCCAGUUGACGAACAAGGAAGAGGGAACUGGUAUGCUCUGGGCAAGGGGAUGGAGACUGGAAGAGGAGGAGAGACUAAGAUUGUCUGUGCAAGGAGACUUGGGAGGUGGAUGAGAAGCCUGAGGAGUACAGACUGGGCCUGGGUAAGAGAGAAGAAUGGGAUUGGGACAAGGAACCAGGGUAGGAGAAGACACAGGACUGGGAUGGGAGCAGGUUGGAAGAUAUGGGUAAAAGGGGUCAUGGGGGGAAUGAACAGAAGAGUUUGUGCCUAUUAAAGCACACUCCCCUCCAGAACCGGGAAUGGAACCAGAGAUUCCUGAGUCUUACAUUCCUCUGCUGUCAGCAAAUAGCUGUGAUACCCACUGGCAGAAUGUCCCAUCCCCCUCUAGAGCUGGUCCAUAAUGAGAGUUGGAACAUAUUCCUGCUCUCAGAUACUCUGCUAGCUGAAGUGGCCCAGGGCUGUGCAAUGGAUCUAAAGGUCCCCACCCUGCUGAUUGACCCAUGUGGGCAUCAAGAUGAUGCUACAGAAUGGAAAUGCUGGUUUUUGCAGUGUUCUGUUUUCAAAUCUAGGAAGUCACUAACUACAUUCAAAGAAGAUUAUUGAGGUUGCAAAGUCAAGCACUCAAAAGUUAGGAAAUUCCAGAAUUAAGAUUGCCUGUACAGCCUUUAUUCAGCCCCCUUGUGUGUAUGUCUUAUGAGAUAGUCUUUCAGUCACACAAUCACGGAGUAAGUUUGGUUGAAAUGACUUGCCCAGCAUCACACAGGGACUGUGUGGCAUAGACAGGGACAAAAUCCAGUUCCCCAGGGUGGCAUUCAGCUGCCUUAAUCUUGCUCUUCCUGCAGUUCCCUGCCUCUUUGAUUACACACCUUCCAGCUCGGCAACAAAUGAAGCAGGGGUCCUACUGACAACACCUCCUGCAUUGUACCACCCUGACUCAUCCCCAGAGCAAGUCCAGCCUGGCUCACUGAAUGAGCCAGGGGUUGCGUCUGUGUGGGGCGGAGCAUGUGAUCAUGUAAUUAAAGACUGUAUCAUAAUGCAUACGCACAAGGGGGGCAAAUGAAGUUUACCCAGGCAGCCUCACUAAUGCUCUUUUAGUGUGUGUGUGUGUGUGUGUGUGUGUGUGUGUGAGAGAGAGAGAGAGAGAGAUAAUACAAGAAACUGAGCCAAAUUCAGAUCCUGGUUACCGAAUACUGUACAAUACCCCAGUAAAGUCCAUGGAGCAGCACAUGUGUAAUGAGAGUAGCGUUGGCCCCUUAAUAACAUGCCACCCCCUAUAGAUUAGAUAAUCUUUAUAGCCAUGAGUGGCAGGUAUCAUAGGCAGGGGGAGGCUGUGCCUCCCCAAAUAGCCUGGUGUGGCCCCGCCCACGCUCCACCAGGCCCCCUCCUGUCUGCUGUUCCAUUCUGUGGCCAAGAGGCUGGGGCAGGCAGGCUGAGGGCUGCGGUGCGCAAGCCCCCCAGGCUGGGGCCACGCCAUGCCGCCUGCCCUCCCGGCACUGGGAUCAUGCUGGGGCUGAGGAUGCUUUGGCUGUACCGCCUGCCUUCCCACCUGGGACUGGAACUAUUACGGCUGGGCUGCCAGGCUGCCCGCCUUCCCAGCACUAGGGCCGGAGGCACACUGGCAGCGCCACCCGCCCAGCACUGGGGCAGAGCGGGGGACAAGUGGCUGCGGGGCAGUGUGCUCUGGGCUCCGGUGAGGGAGCAGAGGGGGCGGGGCCUCUGGCAGAAGGGUGGGGCCAGGGGCUAGCCUCGCCCAAGGGCUGCUCAUGUUUAUAGCUCAUUAGCUGGACUAGUUAAAGUACGAUGCUUUGUCCCCCAGCAGUUAGUCUAUUUCUACAGUUAUAGUUAGUCUGUUCUCAUGUAGUUACUCUAACUUGAAGUAUUCUUGUUAAAAUAUUUAUUUUUGUACUUUUUGUAUCUGGUUUUAUUUAUAAUAGACAACAUAUCUGCCUGUGUGGCCUGCUGCGACAUAGAUAGAUACCAGUGUUCAGAUCUCUCCAAUGUGCCCAUCCUUGGGUUAGCAGAACUGUGUACGGUGCGUAGAAAAUGGCAUGGCUUCCUGAGCAUAGGUGUCAUUUCAGAGAUCCCAGACCCAGAACCACCACCCCCCCCCGCCCCCAAGGUGCUUUUAACAGAUCCUGUGAUAAAGCAUGCGGCUUUCCACAAGCAAGCAACCCUCUAGCCUCCUUCCUGACCUGCAGAUGAACAUGUUGGGACAGUGCAAACUAAACAAGGCUGAUUUCAUUUGCACUCAGCUCACUGAUUUACUGAGUGUAAUACCAACAGCAUAUGAACCACAUGGACAUUUGAGAAAUCAUGGGCCCUGAUCUUGCCACAAGCUUUGCCCAGACACUCCCUGGGGUAGGCAGUUCAUUGCAGAUUGGGGCCUGGCAUUACAGAUGGGGAAGACCUGCCACUGGGUUUGUUAUGUAAAGUGGGCUCAGGGUGAACAGGAAUCAUUUACAGCUGGGGGAGUUUGCCAAAAAUAAUAGGAUUAAGUGCUGGGCAUGGUUUGAAUAGCCUCUUGCAUUGGUUAUACUUAGAAUUGGGGUGAGGGACCCAUUUCCAAGGUUGUUAUGUUAUACAGUGGUAUGAUUGUUGGCUAUAUCCAGUUUAUUUUAUACAUAUUUAUUUUCUCACCAUUUACUGCUGAGCAACAUAAUUGCAGGGAGAUUAUUUCGCUAUUGAUUAUUUGAUCCAGAAAAGGAACAGAAUUCAUCUGUGCCAUGUAUCACUAAGCAUUUGUAACAAUAAACUACACUGAACCAUGUGACUUGCUCUUACACAAUUGUAAAGAAUGUUUUCCUGGAAUUAUUAUAUGAAAAUGUGUACAAU